AUGCCCUCAACUCUAUCCUCACUCGCUUUUCUAAUCAAUCGCUCUAUCAUCACACUGGAAAAAGCAUGCUCUGAGAGCAAAUUACCAUUCCCUGGCUUCGACGAACCUUUUACUCCAGCUUCUGAGGCCUUCAGGGCGAAUCCAGAAGCCGAAGAGGCGGCAAAGGUGAUUGCAGCAGCGGCUCACCAGCUUAUGAUGAUGGUUUUGCCACCAUCUGUCGCACUGUAUACUGUUGUCUCUGGUGCACAUAAAUCAGCUGCACUUCGGGUCUGUCUGGAAGCCAAUGUCACGGAAAUAUUGCGUGAAGGUGGAAAAGAGGGAAUGCAUGUCAAGGAGAUUGCGGAGAGGACCAAGGUUAACCACCAAAAACUUGCUCGCUGCUUGAGAUACCUGGCCACACAUCAUGUUUACAAGGAGGUUUCUCCAGACGUCUUUACCAACAAUCGUGUAUCUUCUAUGAUGGACACUGGGAAGGCUGUAGAUGACCUCAUAGCUAGACCUGAAGAAAAACAUGAAAAUACCCCAGGUUUGGCUGCGGUUGCCAGCCAUCAUCUUGACGAGGUAUACAAGGCAGCAGGAUACCUUUGGGAAUCUAUGUCCGACCCUGCCACCGCUCAUUCGUUCGAAUCAAAUGAGACACCGUUUAACCUAGGCUUUUCUGUCAAUACAUCAUUUUUUGAAACGAUUGCUUUGCCAGAUCCUCGCUGGCAACUCCGUCAACGCAGGUUCAAUGUCGGUAUGAAGGGAGUAACAGUUCUUGAAUCGGCAGACGCUGUUUUAAAAGCGUUUGAUUGGCAAUCCCUACCGAAAGACUCCGUUGUGGUCGACGUAGGUGGCGGAAUUGGCAGUUCCUCCUUGAUAUUAGCAAAAAACCUCCCGGAUAUUAAAAUUGUGAUACAAGACACACCCAUCGUCCUUACUGAAGGAGCUACACAAUUCUGGGCAAGGGAAUUACCGGAAGCCCUCGCGUCUGGCCGUGUAAGCUUUCAAGUUCACGAUUUCUUCACUCCCCAACCCAUAAAAAAUGCAUCGGUGUUCUUGCUCAAGCAAAUCAUGCAUGACUGGCCCGACAAAUAUGCAAUCAAAAUAUUGUCCCAGCUAAGGCAAGCAGCCCGACCAGACACGCGACUAAUUAUCAUCGAAAGCGCCAUACCCUUUGCUUGUCAUGAUCCAAGCGGUGAUAAAGGGAAGGGUGUCAUCGGAGCUGUACCCAAGGAAGCGCCCGAGCCGCUUUUGGCAAAUUAUGGAGUCGCUAAUGAACUGACUUACACUGCUGACGUGACGAUGCUAAUCCUCACUAACGCGCAAGAGCGAACUGUCAAGGACAUGAAGGAAUUGUUACACAGUACUGGGUGGCAAAUGACGAAGAUAGUCCGUGAUCACGAAACCGGCAGCUUCAUGCAACCGGUCGAAGCGGUCCCAAUGGUCAAAAUACCAGUCAGAGACACUGCAGAAUGA